UGAAGGGUGCCUAAGCUGGCAGCCGAGCCCCCUGCCGCGCACCCGGGCUGUCUGCCCCAGUGAUUGCUGCUCUCCCCUGCACCCCCCGAGGGGAGCGCUGUUUGUGCCGGCCGCCCGGGGAAAGCGCCAGUCCCGCUCCUUGUGACCGCUGUGUUCUGGGGCCGAGAGGGAUAAAGCGGUGGCGGGGUCCGGGCUGUGCGGAAUAAGGAGCGCCGGGGACCGGGUACCCGCGGCCGCCCCUAAGGAGCCGCCGCCGCCGCCAGGGGGCGCGGCGCUCUCUCGGAUGGGGGAGCCGGGGCGGGGUGGUGGCGCGGGGACGCGUCGCGGGCGCGUCGCUCAUUGGCUGGCGCGGGCCGGGCUGAUCGCGGGGCGCCGGUUCUUAACGCUCGGUGCGGGGCAGCGGGAGCGCUUUGCCGGUUGGGCUGCUGCGAGCAGGGCUGCCGCCGCCGCCGCUGCGCGACAUGAGCGAGAGACAAGGAACCGGAGCUACAAAUGGAAAAGAGAAGACAUCUGCUGAGAAUGAGGAAAAAGUACCAGAGCUAGCUGGCAUCUUUAAGAUGGAGAAGCCUUCACACUUAACACUCCUGUUACAAGUGAAUCUGCCUAGUGCCUGCAUGCAACUUGGGAAACUUGUCUGCUGGCAAAAGCUUACUGUAUUGUCAGGAAAACCAGGUUCAGUGAGAACAAAGAGGCUGAGUGAAAUUGCCUGGAAGAAUGGAGUCUGUAAAAUUAAAGGGGGGGACUCCUCAUGCCUUCCCCUGCUCCAGUGUGGGGCCGCUCCCAUGGGGGACAGUAUUCCUCAAACUGCUCUAGCUUUGGGUCCAUUUCACGGGGUGCAGUCCUUUGGAAACUGACUGCUCCAACUUGAGUUGGGUCACGAGUCCUACAGCAAACCUGCUCCAGCAUGGGCCCCUCUUUCUGUGGGGCCACAGGUCCUGGCUGGAGCCUGCUCCAGCACAGGCUUCCCAAGGGGUCACAGCCUUCCUUGGUCAUCCCACUGCUCUGGUGUGGGGUCCUCCAUGGGCUGCAGGUGACAGCUGCUUCACCAUGGAUCUCUAUGGCUGCAGGCGGACAGUCUGCCUCAUCAUGGUUGUCCUCACAGGCUGUAGGGGAAUCUUUCUUUGGCACCUGGAGCACCACCUUCUUCUUCACUGACCUUGGUGUCUGCAGAGAUUUUUCCCUCUUGAUAUUCUCGCUCCCCUCUCCAGAUUCACAUGCUGUCUCA